AUGCCUUUCAUCCUUGAGUCUGCAUCCCCCAGCCCAAAUAUCCAGUCUUCAGCCGUGGCAAAAGACUGUAAACCCUUACUUCCUGCCGUGGUUGUUCUCAACAGGCGAUACCUGAUCACCGGCAAUAGCGCCGCUGCCAAGGUCGGAGCGGCUGCAUUCGCUGCUUCAGUCGUUCAGGCGUUCGUGGAAAAAGGUAUCUUCUUGGGAAUAAUCCUGUACCACAGGGACGAGGAUAUUGUGGAUCCUUACAUCUCUAGCGAGGCUUUCAACUCAAUCUCUACGGUGACCGUAUCCUUUAACUUCCAGAUGGAUCCAGGCAAGGUCGCAAAUGCCCUUCUCAGCUGUAUCAGAAUCCUCAAGGCUGCCAACCCAAUGGAGGGAACUCCCAUGCUAUACUACCAGACCGAUACUCUGAUGGAGUACCACCCUCAUCAUAUCCCUUUAUGUGUCACACACCAUGGCCCCUUUUUCGGAAGUUUUGCGUCUGUCUUCUCCAAGGAAGCUGCCGCCCUGGCUUUUGGAAGCAUGGAAAAGGCAGAGCACCUAGAAAGGCAACAAAACAAGGGAAUUGAAAUAAUCAAGAGCCGAGAAAACGCAUUCGUCCUUCAGCACUCGCAGCUUCAAGGAAAUUUCCUUGCCUCUAGGGGCGUCACCGCUUUGCGCGAGCUUUGCCCGCCGAUCGAGCUUCUGACUGAAACUGAAGAAACGAAAGACGAGCUCCCCGAAUACAUCAAAGAAUGGUUUAACUUUGACGGGGUAGUGAUGUUUACGGCAGUUGCCCGCCUCGAUUACUUUAAGAACAUAGAUCUGCUCGUUGACGCGGCAAUUCUCCUUUGCAUUCAGGGUGUCCCUCUCAGGGUCUUCGUGGCAGGGGGGGAGCAGCCAGAUAGCAAGGAGCACAGGGCACUCAUGGACAAGGUCCCACCCCAGUACCAGCACCUGUUCCUGCUAAUUCCCAAGGUCUCGAGAUCUGCCUUGUACAGUCUAUUCGCCGUUGCACGACACACCGGAAUCUUCAUCUGUCCAUCCCGAUACGAGACUCUUGGUAUCACCCCAUUGGAGGCGGCUCUCAACGGUGUCACUACCGUUAUCUCAAACUCCACUGUUGUUGAAGCAUCUCGGUUUUAUCCAGAGGAAUUUCGAUUCAGCCCAAACCCAGAAGACCUCUCAGAAUUAAUUGCUCGGCUUUCUGGGCCACGAGCCAUGUUGGCUGCUUCCGGUGACCUGAUCCGGCUUCACGUUGGAAAGUCUAUCCAGGGCAGCAAAUUCCGUUCUGACCUUCUCGACGCGUGGUCGGAUUUCUCGGUGCAGUACAUGACCACAUUAGUCAACUAUUUACCAGCGGUGCAGCCGCCACUCUUUUUGGAGACGGCUCCACAGGAGCUUGGGAACGGCAUGAAGGAGCAGAUGCGAGUGGUUGCAUGA